AUGGCAAACGACAAAGACAUCAUCACCUGCCAUAUUCUGGACACCUCCGUAGGCAAGCCAGCCAAGGGGGUCCGCGUCAAGUUGGAAGGCGGACAUGCUCCUCUUAAGACUUUCGAAUCUCAGACCGAUGACGAUGGCCGCAUCAAGGCGUGGCUACCAUAUUCCAACAUCCACUCAUCAGGAGAUGUACCUACUUACACUCUAGAUGACGUGCUAGGCGAGGUGGAAACUAAGUCCACUUGGACUCUACGCUUCGAUACCGGAAGCUACUUUGGCGAGGGGAACACUUUCUUCCCCGAAGUUCUGGUCUCGGUCACCGUCGAAAAAGGCCAGCAUUAUCACGUGCCACUGUUGCUGUCUCCUUAUAGCUAUACGACUUACAGAGGCAGUUAG